AUGGAGCAAAUCAACGAAGGCACAGGCUCUGAGGAGAGGAUAUUUUUCGUACAAGGCACCCGGUAUAUCGCGACCCGUUCAAACACGGACGCCGUCUUGACCAUCCCCGACGAGUUCAGCCUCGCUACCAUUUUCAUGCUGCCGAAGGAUCAACAUGGAGAAAUAACUGUGGACUGGAUGCGUGAUAAUGUCGAAAGAUAUAAGCUCCUUGAUGAUGUCUUCCAUGAAGCGUUCCUGGCCGGUGUUAUCUUUCUCUGUGCUGGCGAGGAGCACGUUAAAGUGACGGACGAAGCCUGGACUUAUCUCCUCAAAUCUGGUGCUCAGUGGAUCAAAUAUAUACCUGCACUUGGCGCUGGUCAAAAUGUACUGCCAGGUCCUUGUGCAAUUUCAAGAAACCGCAUAUGUGAUGUGUGGAAACUGGUCGAUGAUACUAAUGGGACAUGCAUGAACGCUCUUUGGCCUCAGCAAGGCCAUUUCAAGCAGUUUCACUUGAAGAGCGUCGAUGGUCAAUCUUUGAGUGUUGCUCUCCCCUCGCGGAUCAAAGGGCAAGCUGUCUCUGGUUCAUCUAUAGCAGGCUGGCGUAUGCUUAUCAAAGAUAACAUCCACCUACAAGGCAUCAAGUCAUCUCUAGGGAAUAAAGCGUUCUAUGAUGCUUACCCUACGCAGCCAGAGACCGCCGAAUGUUUAAAACGCCUUAUUGACCAUGGAGUGGUAAUUCUUGGAAAGGCUAAGAUGAGCUCCUUUGGGAACUGGGAAGAGCCUACUGAUUACACUGACUACCAAGCACCGUGGAACCCACGAGGAGACGGAUACCAAUCGCCAGGUGCAAGCAGUUCUGGAUGUGCUGCGGCCAUUAGCUCAUACGACUGGCUUGAUAUCGCAAUUGGAACUGACACGCUUGGGAUAUACCUGCCGUUUUCCUCCAUCAUUUGGCCAAUAGACUUUUGGAAAAUUAUUGAUGCCGACCAAUGCACACUUGCCCUCCAAUUCGUCAAAGAUAUGGAGUCGCAUCUGUACAUAAAACACUCGAAGAUCUCAUUCGAGAAUGUUUGGUCGAAUUCACUACCUUCUGAAGCAGCUGGUCUUUCACUUCCUGAGUAUAUUAAUCCAGCAACGGCUGCGCUGGCAUACGAUGCAUACCACAAUAGUGAUGAUUUCCGUGCAAGAUAUUUGGCAAAGUUCCGUCGGCAGCCUUACACCACGCAUCCGAAUCAGAAGACAUGGGGUGUGGGUAAAACGAUAUCCAAGGAACAACGAGACGCGGGCUUUAAGCGUCUCAGCAUAUAUGAGCAUUGGCUGACAGAUACAAUUCUAUCUGGCGAACAUUCGAACGCACUUCUUGUUCUUCCGCUGGAGAGCAUGAGCCCUAGAUAUCGGGAUGAGCCACCCACGUUCAAAAGGCCUCCGCAAGACGGCAUCAAUACCCUGGCUUUCGGGCCUGUCAUGAAAUCCCCUGUCUUGGCCGUUCCCAUUGGGGAGAUUCCGUACGAGUCAGUGGUGACGAAAAAUAAAGAAAAGCUUCCUUUUGUCAUCGCUGUUAUGGCUCCUCCAGGGACCGACCUGCUGCUCAUGGAUUCUGUAAGGAGUACUCUUGAGAGUGCUGGCCGACCAUCAACGGUCAGAACUGGAACCACCAUGUUUGGGGCCUCUGGCACAAAGAUAUAA